AUGCAUUGUUCUUCUACGACUCAACUUGUUGCUGCCAAAAGGAUAUUAAGAUUUAAGGGUACUGUUGAUCAUGGUUUAUACUUUCUAAAGGGAUUAGCAGCAGCUCUUCAUGGUUUAUACUUUCUAAAGGGAUUAGCAGCAGCUCUUCAAGGAUACAGAUAUGCAGAUUGGGUUGGUUCUCCUGAUGACAAAAGGUUUACUAGUGAUUAUUGUAUUUUCUUUGGCUCUAAUCUCAUCUCCUUGUCAGCCAAAAAGCAGCCAACUGUUGCAAGAUCAUCUACAGAAGCUGAAUACAGGGAUGUGGCAUAA